GAAUACGAGUCUGUCGAGGUUAUAACUUGUUCACGUGGUAAGGUUAGGUUGGAAAAAAUUCCUCCAGCUCAUAGUUGAUGCCGACUCGUUCGCCGAGAUUCUUAAACAAGUAUCCGUAUCUUUGUACCUUUUACGCUGGCUAAUUCCAAUAUCACGGAUAUGACAGAAGAAGAUGCGGCGGAUUUACAAUUUCCAAAAGACUGUUCACUGACAAUGAGUCCGAGAGACAGGUUUGAACAUGACGUAGAACUUGAGGUGUCAGUCCUAAAGGAUGAAAUUCUUACUUCAGACCCGACGUGCCGCGUGUGCAGAUCUACCCUUGUGGAGCCAUAUAUUCGUUGCGCCACGUGUAACAAUGUUGAAAUAUGUCCACCUUGCUUCUCCAAAGGCUGUGAGACCAACGAACAUAAGAACGAUCACGAUUAUGUGAUUAUAAAAAAUGAAUUUCCCCUCAUCGAUGGCAGUGGUUGGACCGCUAAGCAAGAGCUCGAAUUGCUGGACAUUGUGCAACAAUGUGGUUUCGGAAAUUGGAUCGAUGUAGGACGUAGGAUACAGGGAAAGUCCCCCGAGCAAUGUAAGAUGCAUUAUCUACAGCACUACUUAGAUAAUCAGACUCUACCAGGCCUGCCAAGAAUCAGAGAUACCAGAGCUAGUUUAUUCGCUUGCGAACCAAUUCCCUACCUGUACAAGUUGCAGGAUCUAGAAGAGCCGCCCAGAUUCGCCUCGGAUACGAUUAAUGCCAAACUGUUAGCCGGUUAUAACGCGGCUAGAUCCGAUUUCGAGGUGAAUUUCGACAACCAUGCGGAAUCGUUGAUAGCUAAUCUCGAGUUUGAUGAGUUCCAACCGGCCGACAACGCGUAUGCAUUGGGGCAAGCUUUGCAAACGGCGAUUGUGCAGGCGUACAAUAAUAGAUUGAAGGAACGCGCGAGGAGACGGAGGAUCGUACGCGAUCAUGGACUGAUCAUUUUUCGCAAGGCCAUAUCAUGGACGCGGAGAUACGAGAACACGAUAACGCGAUCGCUCGUGGAGAGAUUGCUGAUAUUCGUGCAACUCGUGGACGGAAUGGAGUUUGACUUUCUCAUGGAGGGUCUGCAUCGCGUUGGCGAGUUAAAGAAUCGGAUCAAUAGACUUCUGGAAUUUAGAGGAAACGGACUCACACACUUUCACAGCGUGUCUAUGUUUCAGAAGUUGAGCAAGAUAAGGCAGGAUAACGAGCGGGAGAGAAAACAGUACAUGAGUAAUCCGGAGUACAGUUGGAGGAGCCUGUUGCCCGAUGGUUUUGCUGGCUGUAAUAGUCCGAUUUCUGGAAAUAUGCAACGCAAGUCCGCUCCUCCUCUCACGAUAAAAGGCUUACCGGGAUACGAGAAGCUGAGUGUCGACGAGAGAGAGCUCUGCUCCAUCGCGAGAGUGGUACCCGACAGUUAUUUGGACUUUAAGCAACUUCUGAUAACGGAAAACAAGAAAAACGGCCAUCUCAGAUUGGCGCAGGCCCGUAUUCUCCUGAAAAUCGACGUGAACAAAACGCGAAAAAUAUAUGAUUUUUUGGUAGAAAAUGGAUACAUCAAUAAGCCGGCUCAAUGAUAUUUAUUUUUGCAAAGUGAUAUGCAAAAAAUAGCACGCAUGCAGAUAUUGUGAUAUUAUAAAUUAAGUCAAACGUGUCAUUGUUUUAAGAAAAAUU